AUGGACCUGGGCAUCGAGCUGGGCGCCGGGGACAGGUCGGCCCCGGAAGACAGCCGCGCCGCCAAGAGGGUCAUGGUCACAGUGGACAACGGCAACCAAAAGCUUCUCACGCUUUUGGCGAAGGCUUGCUUGUCUUCGCUUCAGCAGCACAGGGCUCUCAAGGCAAUUCUUCUGAUGGUCUUUUGGAUCCGGACAGAUUCGUUGUUCAGUUCGUCAAUGCGCCAAGCCACGACGGGCUUCGAACAGAAGGCGAAGGCCCUGCGGGAGAGCGGCAAGCAAUCCAAGGAGGUCACCAAGCUCGUGGGGCUCCCUCACGCUCAUGCUUGGAACGCAGUGUGCAAGGCCACCCUGGAGAAACUCAAGGCGGCCGGAGAGGCCGCGAAGGAGCAGCUGGCGACCAUGGAGAGGUAUUGCACCGAGUUAGCGACGAAGCGCCCCGGCCUCCAGGUCUGGCAGAACGUCGCCGCAGAGGUGAAGUACUGCUACCUGGAGAAAACCCACACACGCGAUUACAAGAAACUCGUGGUCAACUUCAAGCAGGCCAGCAACAGCGACCAGAUAUUCGAGAACAUCGUGAUGCCGGUUCUGCUCAGAGAGCCAGAAGCGGACCAGCUGCCGGGCAUCGCGCCGAAGGGGGACCUGGAGCACGAGCUCCAGAAGUGGCUGGACGAGCAGUGA